UGCGCCAGAGUCAACGCCACCUCAAGUCUCUAACGAAGGCUCCGAGAGUGGCGCGAAAAGUGGGCGGAGCAUUGCGCCGAACGCUCCUGGCACAACGGCAGCAGCCGCGGCGGUCGGGAACAAUCGCCAUGGACAGCACCCCCUGUAUCUCCAACCCCUCAACCCCUUUCAUCCCCUGGCUGGGGCUGGCGCCGGUUUGCUGCAUGGGAAGAGCGGCGAUGACGGUCGUGGCGUUGGAGAUGUGGGGCUCAAGCACCCUGAUGCCUUGAAGAUGAUAUUGCUUGAGGCGGAGAUCACCAACGCGCGAUCGCAUAAUUUGCACCUCCACCAUCACGUGGCUUUCUUGGAGACUCAGAUGAGCGGCCAGCUGGGCCUCAUCGCCGUUCUGCACAACAAGAUCAGGGCCUUAGAGGCCGACCUGAAGUCAGCCAAAGCAGCUACUAUUGCGGUUGGGGCGACGCCAAAUACCUCCAAUCCAACAGCAACUUCCUGCGACUCGGCCGACGCAUGCCCACCUCAGCCGUCAAACCCGGUACCAGCGGAGGAGCUUGUUCAGCAUCGGGCGGCGCGUCCUGAUCCCGAAAAAGAAGGCACCGCUGGGAAGUACGCCUUGUGUGAUCUCCGCCCGCACGACGGUUACCGAGCAACAGCUGCGGAAUCGGAUAGGCAUGGAGGGAGCGACGUGGCGGCACCAGUGAGCGCUGAAGUGGCGCAGAGAACCGUGGCAGCGCCUCUUACGUUGUCCCCGCAGAACGAAGAAGAUUCUGCUGUAGAAAGUUUCCCACGUGCGGCUGAAGCGAAGCUAGCCCCUUCUGCGGACCCUCCGGCGCCAGGAUCUCCUUCCUCGGCACUUGCUGCAGCCGCCGUCCAUCAAGCCGAGAGUGUGGGUGGCGAAAACGAUGGUUCUAUUGCCGCGGCCCCAACAACGCCACGACAUUCGUUGAGGGAUUUCUGGGCCGACAGCGGCAGCAACGACAUCGACAACUCUCCCCCGUCCAGCAACACGAGGAACAAACGCCACCAAGCAGCGCAGCAGGAGAAGCAGGAAGCACCUUUGCCAUUAGCCCUGCAGGACGGGAAACCAUCUGAGCCCUUGCAAACAGCAGCGGUCGACACGGAUGUAACGCCUGCCUCGCAAGAGGGGAAAAGUUCUCCUACUGGAAACAGUGGCCCAGCCGCGGCUGAGUCCCUAUCCCCGGCUGAGCCGCAGGCAGUGCUUCUGCCGGUACUGCGACAGAUCACGGAAGGCAGGGAAGGUGCGGAGGACAGAAGCAGCCACUUGAUGGACUGUGCUUCCUGCCAGCACAGUUUGCCGGAGGGUGAUCCGAUCGGUCGGUGCGAGCGAUGCCCGCGCAGCUUUUGCUCGCAGUGCCUGGAGCGCGGCCUGGUUGAGCAAGGCGUGGAGCUAGAGGCGUUGGGCCAGGAUUGUCGCAGUCUGCUGAAUGGUAAGCAAGGCGACAUUUCCAUCGCCCGGUGCCCGGAGUGCUUUCGCGGCAAAGAUAACGAGUUCGCUCCACCACCGCCGGGAGGCGCGCCGAUGGACCACCUCCUGAGCGAGCUGCUUCGGCACGACCUGUCGCUCUGCUUCCGUGAGCCCGUUGACAUAGUCAAGCACCCGGACUACGUGGAAUCGAUCGGGCGUAACGCCAUGAUGGACCUGGGAACAAUGCUAAGCAAGCUCCAGGGCAAGAGAUACCCUCGGCGUCGGGGCCCCGGGCAGUUUCAGGAGGAUCUGAACAGGAUCUGGAGAAACUGCCGCAGGUUCGCUGGGUGCGACGAGCUCGGGCGGCCACACUACGGCAAUACCGUGCCGGGCAUAGUGCGAUGCGCCCUCACCUUGGAGGCCAUGUCCGACAAGUUCAUCUCUUCGUACAUGUCCGACAACCAAGAGACUGCAGCGUGGCAGGAGUCUACGUGGGAUUUCCACCGGCAAAGGCAAGAACGGGAAAACGCGGAAGCCAGGCGCAAGCAGCUCGGGCAUCCGGACGUUGAUGGUGGCAAAGAGGAGCUGAAGCCACUCGCCCCUGGCGGUGGCGACAUGCGGCUCGUUGCAGCUGUCCAACAUAAUUCCAGUGAAACCGACUCGGAACAGAAGUGCAACAUGCAAGAAAAAGAAAGCCUGGCAGGCGAAAGCGCGGGACGUGCGUCAACGGCGGCUUCGCAGCAGUCAGCGAACGAGAUCGUCGCUUCAGUAGGUUGUAAAAGAAGCGCAUCGAAGUUGGCAGCGGUGGCAGAAGAAGGAAGCGUACAGCACCGGCGAUCCCGAAGAGCUGCAAGCAUUUCUUUGGAAUCUACUGCCACGAGUCUCGGGGGGGGGGAUCCCCCUACGCCAAGAGUCACGCGCCGUCCAGCGGGCAAAAUGCAACGUCAUCAACCGCCUUGGAGCCCCCUCGAUAAGUUGUGCGAUCUAGCAACCGCGUUCCAGAAAUAGAUCUAUCGAACAUAACGUGUUCGUUGGUUAUACCUUGAUCGUUGUGGGCCAUAUUUGGCCACCCCUAACCAGUUUGGUGUAUAUUCGUGGUGUAGCCAUUGUUGUGAACCUGGUAUGUCGUAGAUGGUAAAUUGUUUGCGCCCGUACAAGGUUUGUCGAGUCGCGUCCGGGCUGUGUACGUAGUCAUGAACAGAACAAGUAUGCAUGCGACAGACCGCGGCGCUUUUUUUACGCUUGAUCUGCCAAGCAUUGAUGUUGUUAAGGUGACGGCGGUGAUGUCCAACCCGCGAUAGGUGGUGAUGAAUGGUUAUCAGGGAGAUGUUAAUUGUGGUCGAUCGAUAUGAACGAGUCAGGUCAGGCGGUAGGGUGGACUGCGCGCACACCGGCCAUUCAUGUUGGUUGUUGGAGAGAUUUCGGCAUGUGACAUACGGCCAUUGUACACGUUGGAGUAUUGUUUUUGUAGCUUGUGGUCGAAGAGAGGGUUCAAAGAACGCUGUAUCAUGCCCAAUUAUAAAAGAUUCUUGUUUGCAAGGGAGGAUAACCAACGUUUGGUUGAAGUUGUAAGUUUGCCUGUACACAGGCGCAUGUUGUCCAGGGUGCGCCUGCGGUUUAGUUCGACGUGAUUGUACAGCAACUGCUGCCAAACAAGAGAACAGUUUCGGCGGGAGAAUCACGUGACUGGGUCCGGCGCAUCUCCCCUAUACGUCUCAGCAGCCCGACCCAAUCCAUACACCAUAAAUAUAUAUUUUGUGUUCAUCGUAGCUUUGGUGUUGUCGACGGGGGAAAAGGAAACACGACGAGAGCUCUGCAGCCGAUAAAGUCAAAGUUGUUGUGACCGGCGGGAACCGCGGAUGGAGUCUAGUGCGGGCAUUGGUCCCCUGUAGCAGGACGUGCUUGGUUUCCUGCACUCCCGAGUAUUGUACGUAGUGUUUGUGUGUCGGAGUAACCACAACGUCCUUGGGAUCUUGUUUGGCUUUGUCGUUUUUAUUCGGGUUUCGGCGUACUCUUACGAAGUAGGCGGUUGAUUGUGAUGUUUGGGUGAGGCUGUUGAGGAAAUCGGUUGACAGAGUGUAAGUCCCUUCCCACGGGAAGACAGUGCGCCUG